AUGGGCUAUCCCGAUACCUUUGAAGGGUUUAUGAUCCAGGACCAGAAGAAAUGGACCGAGUUUCAUAAACAAGAGUUCAAACCCAAGAAGUUUGGCGACCACGACAUUGAUAUCAAGAUCGAGUGCUGUGGCGUCUGCGGCUCGGACGUCCAUACCAUCAACGGCGGUUGGGGCGAAGCACCGCUGCCCAUCUGUGUGGGCCAUGAGGUCGUUGGUCACGCAGUCAAAGUCGGAGAUGCCGUAAAGACAGUAAAGGUUGGAGACCGUGUGGGCGUCGGGGCUCAAAUCUGGGCAUGCCUCAAAUGUCCCCAGUGCAAGAGUGACAAUGAGAACUAUUGCCCACACAUGGUCGACACGUAUGGUGCCCCUUACCCCAAAGAGGUCGAUCCAGACGAAACCAUCUCCCAGGGAGGGUACUCGUCUCACAUCCGCGCCCACGAAUACUUCGUCUUUCCCAUUCCCGAUGCUAUUCCCUCACACCUCGCGGCUCCCAUGCUCUGUGCGGGAUUGACGACUUGGAGUCCACUCGUGAGGGCGGGAGUCGGGCCGGGCAAGAAGGUGGCAAUUGUCGGCUUGGGGGGCUUGGGCCACUUUGGAGUCAUGUGGGCGAACGCGCUGGGCGCUGAGGUUACCGUCAUCUCGCACUCCCCGAGCAAAAAGGAUGAUGCUCUCAAGCUGGGCGCAAAGGAGUUUGUGACCAACACCGAGAAGGGGUGGGCAGACAAAUACGCCUUUGCCUUUGACUUCGUGCUCAAUACCGCCGACAUGACCCACACUUUCGACGUGAGCGAAUAUUUGUCGCUUUGCAAGGUCAAUGCCACAUUCCAUCAAGUUGGUCUGCCGGACGAGCCCCUUCCACCGCUGAAAGCGCAGAUGUUUAUGAGCAACGGCAGCUCCAUCGGUGCAAGCCAUAUCGGCAACAGACCAGAGGCCCUGGCCAUGUUGAAGCUAGCAGCCGAAAAGAAGCUUUUCCCCAUGGUUGAGACCGUGCCUAUCUCGGAGAAAGGUUGCGCAGAUGCGGUGUCCCGCGUCGCAAACAACAAGAUUCGAUAUCGAUUCACCUUGACGGAUUACGAUAAGGCAUUUGGAGCUCGUGAUUGA